AUGCAGAGGCCCAAACAGUACUUUGUUGUAACUUUAGUUUCAUUUUUUGCAGCAUUUUCCAAAAAAGGAUUCAAGAUAUUUCAAUGCUCUUAUUGCAACUAUAGUACUGUUUUAAAGAAAGAUUUAACCAGGCAUAUCAGAGUUCAUACUGGAGAAAAACCCUUCCAAUGUACCACUUGCUACAAGUGCUUUACUCAAAAGUCACACUUGAAAAGUCACAUCAGAACUCAUACUGGAGAAAAACCUUUCCAAUGUACCACGUGUUACAAGAGUUUUGCUCAGAAGUCUUCUCUUAAGAGUCAUAUUGUUGUCCAUUUUAAAAACCAGGAAUUUAACCUGCAGUCUCCUCCACAUGCAAAACCGGUUUUUCCAUGUUAUGAAGUAGGGAAUCAUUGUAUUGGAGAAAAACAUUCUCCCAAUUUUGCCCAUAUGCUAAACCUCCAGUGGAUUGAUAAAGUGACAAAUGUAAAUCCAUUCUUUAUGGACAUUGACUAUUAUACCUUUUCCCAGACAGCAUUUUUUCCAAAAAUAUUUAAGUGUAAUACAUGCAGCUACACAUCAAUUUACAGAACAUUUUUGACCAGGCAUAUCAGAGUUCACACUGGUGAAAAGCCUUUUCAAUGUUCUUACUGUAGUAGAAGUUUUGCCCAAACAUCUGCCUUAUACAGACAUAAAAGGGUUCUUCAUCACAAAAAGAAGUCUGUCUAACCUCAAAAGAAUUGGUUUAUAACUAAGGAAAGAAUAUUUCUAUGCCAGUUGUGCAGUUAUACCAGUAUACGGAAAGGUCACGUGAAUAGACAUAUGCAAUCCAAGCACUUUCAAGAAAAACCUCAUAAUUGUACGAAGUGUGGGAAGACUUUUUCACGUUCAGAUGAACUGAAACGUCAUCGUUUUAGAUGUUUACAAAACUGGAAUUAGUAUAUUUUCUUAAACUUAUAAAAUUACUUAUGCCUAUACGUAUUGUAUUUACGAAAUUCGAUUCGAAAUGUUGAGUUGACAUAUAUUUUAUUCAUUCAUUUUGAUUAUAAUUUUUGAAAUUUAUUCGUAGAGUUGAUUGUGUGAUUAAAAUAUUUACCUGCUUUUGCAUUCUCUAUAUUCACUGGAUAUGAUCUAUAUUUUAAUUAAGAGCUAUUAAAUAUUUUUUGAAUUAUUAAA